AUGGAAGGGGAAGAGGAGACGCAGCGACAGGAAGCCAUCCGACGUGGCGUUGAGUGGAUCGAGGGAAUGCAGUCGCGCAGCGGGGGCUGGGCAGCCUUCGAUAAGAACAAUGACCGGCAAUACGUGGCGAAGCUACCGUUUUCUGACUUCGGGGAAACGCUGGAUCCACCCAGCGCAGACGUGACCGCCCACAUUUUGGAAAUGUAUGGCCGUCUUGGAUAUUCGGCAUCUCACUUUCCGGUGCAACGCGGCUACACUUACCUCCGGCAAGAACAGGAGACGGACGGGCCAUGGUUCGGGCGUUGGGGCGUCAACUACAUUUAUGGCACCGGAGCGGCACUGCCGGCGAUGGAGGCCAUCGGCGAGGAUAUGAGCCAGCCCUACAUUCGCAGCGCGGUGGACUGGCUGCUGCAGCACCAGAACGAUGACGGCGGUUGGGGAGAGUGUUGCGGGUCUUAUGUGGACGAUUCCCUGCGGGGCGUUGGCCCGUCUACGGCGUCGCAAACGGCCUGGGCGCUCCUCGCGCUGAUCGCCGCUGGCGAGGCCAACUCCGAGGCCUGUCGCUUGGGAAUACAGUACCUGCUCGACAUUCAGCAGGAAGACGGAAGCUGGGACGAACCGUAUUUUACAGGGACCGGGUUCCCUGGGUAUGGCGUAGGCAGGCGACAAAACGGCAUGCCGAAGCCGGGCCAGGCCGGAUACCAAGGACUGGAAAUGCCGGCCGGGUUCAUGAUCAAUUAUCACCUUUACAGAAAUUACUGGCCCCUGCUGGCGCUGGGACGCUUCGCCCGGGCCAUAUCCGAUUCCGAUCAGGAGGAGUUGCGCCGUGGAACCGGAGCGGCCUUCCCACAAACUGCAAGCAAUGGACGGGCUUAA